AGCUCUCCUCCUCUUCUCCAUCAUCAUCACCACCACCACCACCACAACCAUCCACCACUACCACCAUCAAUCUCUACUCGUCGACCCCUCCUUUUAUACCCGUCAUCUACAGCGCCUCGACCUAUAUUCAACUGUCACCUAGACCAAUCACGUUUGUCGUUUGUCGUAACGCCAAAUCCCGCCAAGAUGGAAGCUACCAUGAUCAUUGUGGACAAUAGCGAAAGCAGCCGUAACGGUGACUAUACGUCGACCCGAUGGCAAGCACAGAUCGACGCCGUCAGCAUCAUCCACUCGACCAAGAUGCGCGUACACCCACAAUCCGCCGUCGGACUGAUGAGCAUGGGAGGAAAGGGCCCCGAAGUUCUGUCGACGUUCACCACCGACUUCGGUGGGAUCCUGGCUGGUCUGCACCGGACGAAGAUCGGUGGCACAGCCCACCUUAGCUCCAGUAUACAAGUGGCCGGUCUCGCACUCAAGCACCGUUCCGAAAAAUCGCAGAGACAGCGCAUCAUCGUGUUCUCAUGCUCCCCGAUCGAAGAAGACGAGAAGACGCUAGUGAAGCUGGCUAAGAAGAUGAAGAAGAACAACGUGUCGAUCGACGUGGUCGCCUUCGGAGACCUAGAGUCUGACCAGACCAAGAAGCUCGAGGCGUUCGUCGAGAACGUCAAGGGUGGCGACGGCUCCCACCUCGCCAUCAUCCCGCCCGGCGACAAUCUGCUGAGCGAGGAGCUCCAGGCCACGCCCAUCCUGGGCGGCGAUGGCAGUGGCGCCGGCGGCGCGGGCCCCGACGGCGGCGACGGCGGCUUCAACUUCGAGGACGCGGCGGAGAACGACCCCGAAUUGGCCUUCGCGCUGCGCCUGUCCCUCGAGGAGGAGAAGAACCGACAAGAGAAGGAGAAGCGCGAUCGUGAGGAGCAAGAGCGUAAAGCCAACUUGGAGGGUAUCCCGGAGGAGGGUGGGGAGGCCAGCGGUAGCAGCAAAGACAAGAAGGAUGACGGCGACAAGAUGGAUACCGCUUAAUGUUGAGGAAUUUGAAAUCAAUCCUCGCGGAUGACUUUUCUCUUACCCUUAUCCUUGAUGCAUACCCGGCGUUCAUUCUGAUGUACUUGCGUUCUCUCUCUCUCUCUCUUUCCCUCGGUUUUCUCUUGGUUGUAAUUGUAGAAAGCGGUUCUAGAGUCGGGCCUCCUCUCACACGACACGCUUUUUUAGGGUGGGGACAAAAGGUUCCGCGAUUCAUAAGAGAAAUCUAUAUCAUGAUCGUAGUUCUAUAUG